ACGUGCACCGUUUACGCUUUGAGUGGGCCGCUCAUUUGUCAUGGGAAGAGCCGCGAUAGUAAGUCGCGACUAUCGACGGAUAUAAGGAAACCGAAGGAAGCUCAACCCCUUGUCUGAGCGGAGGAGCUUGAAUGUUUUCUUUGUCCUCUGACCGAUACGUUUGAUCCCUACUUGUCACAUAUAAUAUACGCCUAGAACCAACCACCCUAUCUUAAUUACAUUGUUUACGCAUUGCCAGGCAAUCCACGUUGGAACAAUCUCGAAAUCGUAGUAAUAUCGAACAAUACUCAACAUGUUGUCGAAAUCCCUCCUAGCGCUGGCGGCGUCGAUGUCGGGCGCACUCGCUGCAACACCCGCUGGGUUCGAGCCCGGAAGUGAGACGGGUCUUCUCGUGACUUUUGGAGAUGUCGAGGCUCUCGACGGCGCGGUAGUCGCAAAAGACAUCACACAGACAGCGCCUACACUUGCGACGCAGAGCAAGCUUGAUGGAACCUCGUUCGCUGUCAUUAUGAUCGAUCUUGAUAUCCCAACUGACAAUCCACCCGAAACCAAUACACUACUACAUUGGAUGCAGACAGGUCUCACCCAGAGCCCCUCGGCCGAGACCACGGGCUCUACCAGUGCCUUUGUGUUUUCAGUACCGCAGGACGUGGCCGCUUUUGCCGACUAUCUCGGUCCGGCGCCGCCCGCCCGGAUCCCAUUGUCUCAUCGGUACACCGAGAUCAUAGUCGAUACGUCAGACGUCUCGCAGGAAGCGUUAUCCACCCUCGAGACCGCGGCAGCGAAUCGACUGGGGUUCAAUGCCCUGGACGUCUUGACAUCGGCUGGAUUGGCAGACAAAGUCGUCGCAGGAAAUUUCUUCAACGUGACGAAUCAAGAUGCAACGGCAACAAACGGUACAGCAAGCGGCGGAAAUGGGACCAACACUGGAGGCUCGCCUUCGCAGAGCCCGAUCGUAGGUGCUGCAGUGUCGCAGCGCGCGAGCACAUCGCUGUUGGCUGUUGUGUUGGCUGGCGUUGCAUUUUUUGCCCUAUAACGUUUUAUCGCUGCCCUUGUGACUCGGACAUCUUUUUACUCUCUGCCCAGAAGCGUGAUCAAUAAAACCACCUACUACGUUCUUCAUUCUGUCCAAAUGUCUUCGUGUUUCCGAGAUGAGUGACCGGUCAUAGGACAUUAUUCGGCUACAGCGUUGCGGUGUUGUUUGAAGCUGGGCCGACCACAAACCUAGGAUUGGUAGAACUCCCUCUAGCGUAGGCUCCCGAU